GCCGCGAGUAGACUGUGCUGUUGGACUGUGCUGUUGGACUGACCGGAUGUAAUCUAUGGAACAAGUGGAUGGUUUUAAAAUUAUCACUACCUGUUGUGGCGCUGCUCGGACCAGAACAGACUAUGUAGUGUAGCCCUGUUGUACCUGGAUCUGCGUCAAGCAGUCUCCACCCAUCGCAUGAUGGGUGGAGACUCACCGGAGCCAGCCGUUAGCCACGGACCCGGUGAGGAUAAUCCACAGCCUCUACAGGUAUACUAGUCCAUACGCUGAGACACAGUUUCCCACCCAAGUGACAAAGGACCAGACCAGUGCGACCAACUGUGAUGACUGAUGUUCCGACACAAGCAUUUGGAAGAGGCCGCUAUACACCAGCCAGGGCGAUGGACAUUCAGAAUCUGCACCCCUUUUCGGAAACAGGACUGCUAUACAGAUUGGCUCACGUAAUGCACUCUGGUCAUAACCGACAAAGACCUCCAGAGUUCAAUCGGCGCCACCGUAAAACAAAGAACAUGAACAACUCUCCGUGGCCUUUGGCUGAACAAAACAUGAACAACUGCAACAACGAUGGAAAACAAAACGACAAGAAAGAAGAACCCACAAAGGACAAGAAAGACGAGAAGAAUGAAGAUCCAAAGAAAGAUGACAAGAACAAGCAAGACGAGAAGAAGGAAGAUCCAAAGAAAGAUGACAAGGACAAGAAAGAUGACAAGAAAGACAAUAAAAAAGAUGACAAGAAAGACGAUAAAAAAGAUGACAAGAAGGAUGAUAAAAAGGAAGAACCAAAGGAGGUGUGGAUCAUGGACCCUGCCACGGAUACAUACUAUUACUGGUUAAGCACCAUCUCCAUCCCGGUCUUCUAUAAUCUGAUGUUCCUGGUGGCCAGGGCCUGCUUCAACGAGCUGCAGAACACUAACAUAGUGUUGUGGAUGGUGUUGGACUACACCUCAGAUGUCCUCUACUGUGCAGACACUUUUGUGCGAGCAAGAACAGGUUUCUUGGAGCAAGGCCUGCUUGUUCGGGAUCCAAAGGUACUGAAGGAAAAGUACAUGAAAACGCGCCAGUUCCAACUGGACAUUGUAUCCAUGAUUCCCACUGAUGUUGUCUUUUUCCAAAUUGGAGUGAACAAUCCAGAGUGGAGGUUCAAUCGCCUCUUUAGGUUGGCUCGGCUUUUUGAAUUUUUUGAUAGAACUGAGACUCGCACCAACUUCCCAAAUAUUUUUCGAAUUGGUAAUCUUGUACUUUACAUUAUCAUAAUUAUCCACUGGAAUGCUUGCCUCUAUUUUGCAAUAUCCAAGGUUCUGGGAUUUGGAUCGGACACAUGGGUUUAUCCUGGUACAAAAAAUGCUGAGUUCAAACGUCUCGCCAGGCAGUACAUAUACUGCUUUUAUUGGUCCACAUUGACCCUGACCACCAUUGGGGAGACACCACCUCCAGUUCGUGACAUCGAGUACUUCUUUGUUGUGGCCGACUUUCUCACUGGGGUUUUGAUCUUUGCUACAAUUGUAGGCAAUGUUGGUGCCAUGAUUUCUAACAUGAACGCCGCUCGUGUGGAGUUCCAGGCCAAAAUAGAUUCUAUCAAGCAAUACAUGCAGUUUCGGAAGGUCACCAAAGACCUAGAGGUCAGAGUGGUCAAGUGGUUCGAUUACUUGUGGACGGAGGAGAAAACUUGCGAUGAAAAGCAGGUGCUUAAAAACCUUCCAGAUAAACUCAAGGCCGAGAUCGCCAUCAAUGUUCAUCUGGAAACACUGAGUAAAGUACGCAUUUUUCAAGACUGUGAGGCAGGUUUGCUUGUUGAGUUGGUCCUCAAAUUGCAACCCCAAGUUUUUAGUCCGGGUGACUACAUUUGUAAAAAGGGGGACAUUGGAAGGGAAAUGUACAUUAUUAAGGAAGGUAAACUAGCGGUUGUGGCGGAUGAUGGGGUGACCCAGUUCGUGGUCCUUAGUGAUGGCGCUUACUUUGGAGAGAUCAGCAUUUUGGGCAUCAAGGGGAGUAAGGCUGGAAAUCGAAGAACAGCCAACAUUCGAAGUGUGGGCUACUCAGACCUAUUUGCCUUAUCUAAAGAUGACCUGAUGGAGGCACUCACCGAGUACCCUGACGCUAAGAACGCUCUGGAAGAAAAAGGUCGGGCCAUUCUGAUGAAGGACAACCUCAUAGAUGAGUCACUUGUCACAGCGAGAGACAGCAAAGAUUUGGAAGAAAAAGUGAACGGAGUUGAGGCUAGCUUGGAUGUCAUGACACUCAAACUUAAAAAGCUGACAGGACAUCACGAAUCGUCCCAGCGCAAACUCAAACAACGACUUACUAAUUUGACAAAUCAAGUCACAACCCUCAGUCGCUAAGCAUGUGAUUGGGAGUUGGUCUUCUUAGCAAUUCUUCUUCAGAUGGGUUCUGUCUUGAAGAUAGUCAUCUUCAGUUUGCUAUGUUAAUAAAGGCUAUCAUUUGAAUAUGCACGUAACAA